CUCUCAUUAGUCUCAAUCACGUCCUUCUUAAUUUACGCUUGCAGAAAAUUAAAGAUGCUAUCAAUAGGGGUUGUCAGGCUUGAACAGAAAAGAAGAAACUCCAGAGCAAUUCCCCCCUCCCCAACCCACAGGCGAUGCCCAUGGGCUGUCCAUCAUCGCCCUCGAUGAUCCAGCAAUGUCCAUGCCCUAUAAAAAUGGUAUGACGCCGAUCAGCCCAACGAACCGAUCGACGAAGAAGAAGAAGAAGAAGAGCCCGCCGGCGGCGCCGACGACGGAAGCGCCGUUCGACCGCGUCCGGUACAGCCAGGUCGGGAGCGCGAUGGCGUCGAACGAGGCAAUGUGGGGCUCGACGAGCUCGGGCGGCGCCCCCGCCGCGUGCGCGUUCCCGACGGUGCCGCGGGUGGCGCGGUCGCACGCGUGGGACUGGGCCGCGCUGCUCCUCCUGGUCGCCGUCGACGCGCUGCUCAACGUCGUCGAGCCGUUCCACCGCUUCGUGGGCGCCGGCAUGAUGACCGACCUCAGAUACCCCAUGAAGACCAACACCGUCCCCGUCUGGGCCGUGCCGGUCAUUGCCGUCAUUGGGCCUGUGGUCAUCUUCAUCAUCAUCUACGUCAGGCGGAGGAACGUGUACGAUCUUCACCAUGCGAUUCUAGGCAUCCUAUUUGCGGUGCUGAUAACCGGGGUCCUGACCGACGCGAUCAAGGACGCCGUCGGCCGCCCGCGCCCAAACUUCUUCUGGCGCUGUUUCCCCGAUGGAAAAGCGGUAUACGACAACAUCACCACAGGAGUGAUUUGCCAUGGCGAUCCAAGGGAGAUCAAGGAAGGGCACAAAAGCUUCCCGAGUGGGCACACCUCAUGGUCAUUUGCCGGCCUGGGGUUCCUGUCGUGGUACCUCGCCGGGAAGAUCACCGUGUUCGACCGCCGGGGCCACGUCGCCAAGCUCUGCGUCGUCCUCCUCCCGCUGCUCGUCGCGGCGAUGGUUGCCAUCUCGCGGGUGGACGACUACUGGCACCACUGGCAAGACGUCUGCACCGGCGGCGUCCUCGGAUUGGUGGUCGCUUCAGUUUGCUACCUCCAGUUCUUCCCAGCUCCGUCAGACGAGAAAGGGUUCUGGCCGCACGCGCACUUCAGGUUCAUCACCGAGCAGGAGGAGGAGAGCCGAGCGCAGCGGCCUGCAGAGACAGGAGGGCGCACCAGCCACGAGCUGGACGCAUUGGAAGCCGGCCGGAGAGAUCAGCUGUUGUAGCAUGAUCGAGCAGGCGCCAGCGCAGGACCAACGGUGUACAGAGGCCCCACCGUAGGUAGUGUGAUUAUUUGCAGGACAGCAGGAGGCUGCCAAGGCGGAGAGGACUCCCGAUAAGCUUCGGUCGAGAGCUCCUCCAUCCCAUAGCCCACCAGUCUUUUUCUUCUUCUUCUCCCUCCCCUCCGCCUCCGCCUCUGCCUCCAUCCAUCCUGCCUCUCCUCUGCCACCGCCACGGAUCUCCUUCUCGCCGGGGUCGCCUCCGACACCGGUGAGAACCGUCUCUCCAACUCGGGCCACCUCCACCGCUUGCCCCGCCGUCCUCCGCCCAUGCCGUCGCCCUCCUCCUCGCUGGCGUCGCCUCCGACUUUGGCGAGGAGCGCCGCUCCAACUCCUCCCCCAUCCCUUCCCCUCUGCUCCAACCUUGUCCGCCUCCACUGCUCGACCCCGCCGUCGGCCUCGCCGCUCACACCCCGCCUCCUCCGCCGGGCUAGCUCUCGCCCACGGCCUUCCCUCUAAGGCCACCGGCUAUGGAAACCAACCUCGAACCCCUAAACCCUAACGUUAAUACCGCCGACCUCCGCCGCCACCCACGGCCGGCGGCGACCUCGCCGCCAACUGCCCCGCCCACCUUCUGCCCGACUGUCGCGCGAAUAAGACUGUUGGAGUUACGUUGUGUGAUUUGUUACUUUUUUUCUAUCUCAAUUGCUACUUUCUGUUGUUGCAAUGGCUGUGCUGAAGGAAGUAACGAGAGGAGGGGCUCAGGAUCUAGCAUUUGGAUUAUUUGCAGGCCGCCACUAACGCAGAUUACUGACAUGAUCCCCCCUCCACGUAUAUACACGCACGCAUGCUCUGAAGCUCGAUGUGAAUAGCAGCUGUAUUGAAUUUGUAUAUACUAUAUCCGAUUUUUUAUUAUGUACAGCAAUCGAAAUUUAAUAAACGAUGUUUGUCCUACAAA